CGAGACGAUAGCUCCUGAAAAGAGUAACCCGGGGCCUGGAGCUGGAGGAAGAGAAUCCUGGGAUCCACCUGGGCGGGAAUUGGAGGAGGGGGCCGCAGAUGGGUUGUGGCUGAGGGUCGAUAUCCGGGGAGCUGGGAUUGGAGUCCCGGUAAGGGAGCGGGGAGUCGGUACCCCGGGUCUUCGGCUCUCGGCUGCCGGCCCUUCUCUCUUGCUCUUAAGCAUCCCAGGCAAUGGAGCAUGCGCGGUGGAUAAGCCUGGACUCUGCGGGACCCUUCUCCAGCCCCUUCCUAAUAACUCCGCCCCUUGCUUCCCUGAAGCUAUUAAAUAGUGAUACCCGGGCGGGGGAAUGGUGUCUAGGGCCGCUUCUUUCCUAUCCCGGAGCGGGGUGGGAUGGAAGCAUGGGCACUUGAGGUGCCGAGCCAGCCGCUUUCUGCGGGCCCCGAACUGCAUCUCCCAGCAGGCCCUGCGGCGGCCCCCUAUAGGCAGCCCCUUUCACGGUGCCCAAGGUCUCAUGGGAGUUGUAGUCAGUCACUGGGGGCCGAGCUGCUCCUGGGUUGGAGGGUCUUGGGGGUCAACUUCUGCUCUCCCUCCCCGGGUCCCAGGGCGCCAUGGCCGAGGCCCGCCAGGCAGCGACCUUCCGCCUAGAGCUGGGCCAGGGGACCCGCGGGCCAAGGUGGUGGAAUCGAGCCUUGAAGGAGGUCGGCAGUGCGGGACUGCGCUCCUGGAGGCGGAGCCUGGCCCAAUGCAGGGAUGAUGUCCUCCGCGGAGCCUGCCCCGGCGGCGCCGCCAGCGGCCUCUUCCUCUUCGCCGCCAUCCAGGGCGCCCGCUUCGUGCAGCUAGACCCCUCCUUGGGGCUGGUGGACUGGAUCAAGGCCAACCUCCCGGACUGGGGUGCGCGCCGGCUCCCCGCCUUCCAAGGGGCUCUGGCGGCCGCCGUCUUCGCCGGGGGCCUCUGGACGGCCCUGCUGCUGACCCUGCAUGUGGUUCUGCGGCUCCUCCUCCGCUACCAGGGCUGGCUGAGCGAGCCUCGGGGGACCCUGUCCUUGCCCACGCGCUCCUGGCUGGCCCUGGUCAGGAUCUUCUCCGGCCGCCGCCCGACGCUCUACACCUACCAGCGUUCCCUGCCCUGCCUACCCCUGCCCUCUACGGCGGGCACCGUGGCCAAGUACUUGGAGUCUGUGCGACCACUGCUGCCAGACGAGGAUUUCCAGGCCCUGAGCGGCCAGGCCCGGACCUUCCUCCAGGCAGAGGCCCCCCGGCUGCAGGCUCUUCUGGGCCUCAAGGCCUGGUGGGCGACCAAUUACGUGAGUGACUGGUGGGAAGAAUACGUCUACCUGCGGUCCCAAAGCUCCCUGCUGGGCGGCAGCAACUACUACAUCCUGGACUUCCUCUCGGCGGCCCCCACUCCUCUGCAGGCCGCCCGGGCCGGCAACGCUGUCUACGCCAUGAUGAGGUUCCGGGAGCGGCUUCGGCGAGGGGAGAUGGAGCCCGCGACCCUGCUGGGGCUGCGCCCGCUGUGCUCCGCCCAAUACCGGCGCAUGUUCAACACCAGCCGGAUCCCUGGUGUCUCCAGAGACCGGCUGUGCCACGUGAGCGACAGCCGCAGCUGCCACGUGGCCGUCCUGCACCAGGGCCGCUUCUUCCGCCUGGGGACCCACGGGGGGCCGGGGGGCCGCCUGCUGAGCCCCCGCGUUCUGGAGCAGAAGUUUCAGCACAUCCUGGAUGACCCGGCCCCAGCCCGGCCCUCUGAGGAGCACCUGGCGGCUCUGACGGCCGCUCCCAGGGCGCUGUGGGCUCAGGCUCGGGCCUCCCUGCGGGCAGAGGCCGCCCUGGACGUGGUGGAAGGGGCCGCCUUCUUCGUGUGCCUGGAGGACACCCCGGGGCCCUCGGACGCGGCCCCUGAGGUGCUGCUGGACCAGCUGGCUCAGUCCCUGCUGGUGGGGACCGGCCACAGCAGGUGGUUGGACAAGUCUCUGAACCUCGUGGUCUUCGCCGGUGGCCGCAUGGGGCUGAACGUAGAGCACGCCUGGGCCGACGCCCCCGUCCCUUCGCACAUGUGGGAGGCCGUCCUGGCUGCCGACUGCUUUGAACUGGGCUACUCGGCCAACGGGCAUUGCAGAGGGACCCCCGACCCCGAGGCAAGCCCGCCUGAGCGGCUGCGCUGGGUGGUGCCCGAGGAGGUGGCCGCCGCCGUCCCCCUGGCUCUGCGGGAAGCCCGGGCCUUGGCUCGAGACACCGAGUGCCACGUCCUCCCCUUCGCCCACUUUGGGAGAGGAUUCACCCGACGCUGCCGAGCCCCGGCGAGCAGCUUCGUGCAGCUGGCGCUGCAGCUGGCGCGCUUUCGGGACCAGGGCGGCUUCUGCCUGACCUACGAGGCCUGCAUGACCAGGGCGUUUCUCGAGGGCCGCACCGAGACCGUCCGGCCGUGCACCGAGGAAUCCUGCGCCUUCGUCAGGGCCAUGCAGGACCCCAGGCUGCCGAAUGCCCAGCGUCUGGCGCUCUUCCGAGCGGCCGCAGACAAGCACCGGGCGCUGUGCCGGGCGGCCCUGAGCGGCGAGGGCGUCGAUCGCCACCUCUUCUGCCUCUAUCUGGUCUCUCGGUUCCUCCCGCUCCCGUCCCCGUUCUUAACUCAGGUUCGGGCCGAGCAGUGGAAACUCUCCACCAGCCAGAGCCCCACACAGCAGCCGCAGCUGUUCGAUCCGGCCAAUCACCCCGACUUUGUCUGCUGCGGGGGCGGCUUUGGGCCUGCAGAUGAUGAUGGCUAUGGGGUGUCCUACAUCUUCAUGGGGGAGAGCAUGGUCACCUUCCACAUUUCCUGCAAGGUCUCCAGCCCUGACACGGAUGCCCGGCGCUUUGGGCAGCACAUUCAGGACGCCAUGCUGGACGUGGCCGCGCUGUUUGGCCUGGGCGUGGGGCCCAGCACGGGGACCCGGCCUGGAGGGGCGGCCCGGGAGGACAAGAACUCCGGCGGGGGGGCUCCCCGGGGGCCCGACCCCCAAGGGGAGCCCCUGCCCCGGGGCCCAGGGCCCUGGGGGCAGCCCGGCCCCGGGGGUCCUGGCAGCCCCCGAGAGACCGAGGGGCCAAGGCGGCACCCCGGAGGCUCGGGGCCUCGCUCAGAAGCCGGCCCCGGGCUCGCGGGCCCCAGCUCUGGUCCGGCUUCAUGGGCCUUGGCUAACCUCGUCCGUCCCCCUCCUGUGUCCUCGUCCCCAAUGUGA